GGAGGAGGAGGAGGAGAUGCGGCGCGGGACCGCAGUGCUGGUCGGGAUCGGCAGAGCCGGGACCGCCACAGCAGCCGCCGCAGUGCUGCCGCGGAGGAGGGUCCGGACCGUGAUGCCGCAGCUGCUGCUGCUGCGGGUGCGGGUGCUGCUGACGGGGGCAGCAAGCGGCGACGGGUGGAGGGCGGCAAGUCGGAGGGCGGCGCCAGUCCGGGUCAAGGCACCGCGGGGGGCAGCAUCCGGGGUGUUGGCGGCAGCACACCGGACGUGCGCAGGGCUGCUGGCGAUACGGACAUGGAGUACGACGAGCGGGGCGGCUUCGCGCUGCCGCCAGCACCCA